AUGACGUAUGCGUUGUGUGCAAGUUAACUGGAAUAUAGCACCCGGAAGUUGCUUUAGAGUUAACAAUUCGUUUCGGAACAAUAUUUUUUUUACAACUGCAACGUGACCUCGUGAAAUAAUUACCUCACGAUGAAUUACAAUGAUUUAACGGUGCAGCUUCACCUACCGGGUGACGCAAAGAGAGAUUCUGGUAAAGUAUUUUUAAGUUCCGGAACUAAAUCUGUCGAAGCUGCAGACGGUAAAACUAGCACUAGCACUAGCAGCAGCAGCAGCUUGAGUCAGGCUGGCAACGACAACUCCUGUACUUUCGAGCCACCUGUUUCGGCGUCGGAAAAGCCAACAACAGCUUCCCUCGGACCACUCGGACAGGAUAGUGAUAGUGGAUGCUUUGAACUAAUGGCAGCCGAAUUGCCUGAGAAAGGAGAUAAAGAUGAGGAAAGUAAGAUCGAUCUCCUCAUGCCAGCCACUGGCAUCGGAUGGAGGACAACUAACAUGCUUUCUCAGUACCUCCGUCCUCCUAGACCUGGAUCGUCUGAUUGGAGAGAUUUAGCUGAAGAAAUGGGAUUCAGUUAUCAACUUCAUAUCCAAAACUUUGCUAUGGAAACAGAUCCAGUGGCAAAAGUUUUAUCUGCAUGGUGUACUAAACCUGGAAGUAAUGUUGGAAAGCUACUUGAUAUCUUAGAAAAAAUUGAAAGACAUGAUGUCUUAGAUGCACUGCCUACAUUUCUUGAGGAAGACUGUAAGCGAUGGAGACGAACUCAAGCUGAAGCUAAAGAUCCUAUUCAAGUACCGGAGGUGACAGGCAAUUUUGCAACAUCCACAUCAGAAGAUCUAAGAGGAAUCACACUCAAUGAUUCACCAUCUGGGCCUCCAGAGAUGUUUGAUGCUUACAUUUGUUUUGCCAUGGCCGAUCUUGAGUUUGUUCAAGAGCUCAGGAGACAAUUGGAAUCUGAACCUCAUAACUUCAAACUCUGCAUUGAUCAGAGAGAUCUACUGCCGGGAGGUUCGCAUGCUCUCGUCACUGCAGAAAUAAUCAAGAACAGGUGCAAUAAAAUGCUGGUAGUAUUAUCUCCAGAGUUCCUGCAGAGUUCAAGCUGUGACUUCCAAACCAAGUUUGCUGUUUCAUUAGAACCAGGUGCAAGGAGAAGACGGAUAAUCCCGAUCCUCAUCAAACCAUGUGAACCCCCUCUCAUCAUACGACACAUCACAACAUGUGACUUCACCAAACAAGACCUUCGACCUUGGCUCUGGGAUCGUCUCCGUAAAGCCAUGUCCAUCCGUUGAAGAGACCAUCAUGAUACCCAGGGAAGUCUUCUCAAAGUUCAUUAUCUUAAUUAGAUAAAGGAAAAUGUACAUGUUGAGACUGGUAUUUUGAUAGUCUUUCAGUAAGACACACCUACUUUUUGAUGUAAUUUCAUAUCAUUUCACGCAUAAGAAUGUUUGCAUGUCAUAUUGCGUAACACUUUAGAAGUAUAUAGGACAAGUAUGAAAAUUUCAUGAUUUCUUUGUAUAAAAAUACAAUUUUAAAAUUGAUAAUUUUAAUAAGAUAUCUAUAAUGCUGAGCAUGAAUAGCUUGCAGUCAGACUGCAGGUCCCAAGAAAGUGGCUUCUUUCAUCCAAGUGAUAUUCAUGACUUGAGAUGUUUUGCAUAUUUAAUGAGCUUGAUGCGGACCAAAACACCUCUUUUCAUUCGGUCAUUGCUGCUCUAAUUGUGCAUCGAAUUUCAUGAAUUUGGUACCAUUGUAAAGAAGAAGAAUCAUUCUUUCAGGUCAUAUGUUUGGAUUUAUUCAAAGAUUUUGUAAUAUAGGUUAAAAUUUUGAUCUAAAAUAUGCUACAAAAUAAAUAUUUUCACCUGACAAAAGCUGCUAUUUUCACACUUUAUUUUUGUUUGAGCCCAAAUGAUUUUUAUAUCAUGAUAAACCUAAAUAUGUAUGCUUUGAAAUGAUAUAGGUUUCAAAAUAAGAAUUGGUUUAAUCGGGUCAAGAUCACACUUUUCAUUUGCCAAGUACAUAAAGCAGCUUGAAAACAAGAAUACUGCACUCUGAUUGGUCAAAGAGACCGCACACUGGCAAAUUCCAAUGGUUCCAGUGCCUGGGUUCGUGGGAAAGUCACACUUCCCAUGUGGUAAUCUCCUCAAAUACCCCGCGCCUGUUGUUCUGUGAAUCUUAUCCAGCCAAUCAGUACUCUGGAUUUCAUGCAAGUACAAAAUUUCAGAAAUCUCGUCUUGUACCUUGGUGGGAAAAGUGUGAUCUUGACCCGAUUAAAAGGUGCUGCAUAUCAAGAGUGGCAUUGUGAGAAAGUACAGAAGUUCAGCUUUAUGUUGAUAUAAAUAUCAUUGAGGCUCAAAAUAAAAAGUUUUGCACAAUUUGCAAAAGAAAACAGAGGAAGAAAAUUCAGUUUUUAGGCACAUUUUCAGGCCAAAAAUUUACUUAUUUAACAAAAUAUUGUAUACAAAAUAAAUUACCAAUAUGAAAGAGUAACUUUUACUCUAUCUGAUGGUGCAAUAAUAUUUCAUUUAACUUGAGGUUAAAACAGGUAAAUUCUUAGAGAAAGAAAAUCUCACGAAUCACGAGAUUUUGCAAGGAGGAGGAUUCAGCCACGAGAUGAUUUGGAUGAAUCUGGCCUUUUUGCUCAUUAGCAUAGGGACCUGCGGUCUGACUGCUUGUGUACAGUGCGUGCUGCUAUGUACACAAGGUUUUUGUGAUGCCACAAAAGAAACAUAAAAAGUACUUGAUGGU